AAACCAUACCGUUAUUCUUCCUAUCCUAAAGCCAGCGUUAUUAUUACUCUGCCUAUCCAGCUGGGCCGCGCCCCUGGAGACGUGGAAAGUUUGCAGGCGGGACUUACCAACCCACAAACAACCUUAGAAAAUCUCGUACGAACUCUCUUCGGACAUUAUCAUGGUGUCGCGUCUGUCCAGGAUGCAUAUCUCUUUGUUCUGUCUUGUGGUUUCCCCUUUAUGCAUACUUGUUAGUGCGCAGUAUGAAAAAUAUAGUUUCCGAAGUUUUCCACGACACGAGUUGAUGCCACUCGACUCCGCAUACCGGCAUGCGCUGGAUCAGUACAGUGGAGAAAAGUGGACGGAGACCGUGGAGUUUAUGGAGGUGAGUCUACGCCUCUAUAGACUGCUACGGGACAGCGAGGCCUUCUGCAACCUAAAUUGUAGCUCCGUGCGACUCGAUCAGGAGGACAACUUCGUCGACUUUCCAGAACUUCACGCGUUUGGAAACGUUAUGAAGCGCGCACAGUGUCUGAAGCGAUGUAAGCAGGGGUUACCUGCAUUCCGACAGGCGCUCCCCAGCCGAGAAACUGUGGAGGAGUUCGAGAGACGCGACCCAUACAAAUACCUACAGUUUGCCUACUUUAAGAGUGAUAACCUUCCGAAGGCCGUGUCGGCGGCACAUACAUUCCUGCUGAAGCAUCCUGACGACGAGAUGAUGAAGAGGAACAUGGCAUACUACAAGAGCCUGCCUGGUUCUGAGGAGCAUCUCAAAGACCUGGAGAGCAAGUCUUAUGAGACCUUGUUUGUGCGUGCUGUGCGGGCGUUCAACGGGGAUAACUUCCGUACGUCUGUGUCUGAUAUGGAGCUGGCUCUGAGGGACUUCAUCAAAGUGUAUGAUGAGUGCCUGGCAGCCUCAGAGGGGGCCAGAGAAAUUAAAGACUUCAAGGACUUCUUCCCCUCUAUUGCAGCUCAUUAUACGGAGGUGCUGGAGAGGAAGGUGCGCUGUGAGGCUGAAUUGAGUCCAGUGGUGGGUGGUUUCGUGGUUGAGAAAUUUGUGGCAACAAUGUACCAUUACCUGCAAUUCGCCUACUAUAAGUUGGAUGAUCUUAAAAAUGCCGUGCCUUGUGCCGUGAGUUAUCUUCUGUUUGAUCCCGAGGACGAGGUGAUGAAGAAUAACGUGAUCUACUACCAAUACCACCGGAGCAAAUGGGAGCUCGGUGAUGAUGACUUCCUGCCACGAGUGGAGGCAGUGCGAAUUCACAAUCAAACCGCAAUGCAGACAGAGAUGUUUGAGUUCGCUAGUCAAAAACUACUGGAUGAUGAUGAGGGUGAGGUGAUGGAGUUUCUAGAUGAGUUGCUGGAUUCUGAAGAUAAAUAAUAUAUAUUUAGUGAACUGAAAAAUCAAACUGUCUACCAGCACACUGUCAUACUGAAUCCCAUACGCACGCGCGCACACACACACACACACACACACACACACAGACACACACACACACACACACACACACACACACACACACUCCCACACUACGGAUUCACUGUCACUGCAUUAGCCACACGCUCACUAUCAUACUGACAGUGACUGAAAAAGGCCAAGUUCUUCCUCAUUGUGAAAUGAAUCCUGCAGCCUUUUGCAGCUAAACGUAGGCACACAUGUAUACAUCAUACUGAUGCACUACUAUUCCAAAAUCAGGUGCCGUUAACAUCCACAAAUGAAUAUGCACACUCCCAAUGGUCUUAAAUAAGACUUCAGUUCUAAUGGGGGGAUAGCAGAGAUCUUCAUGGAUUGUUUUAGAGAG